GUUUAGGAUAUGCCUUGUAUGUACCUGCAAAGUAGCCUCUAGGUUUUCAUUCAUUGGUAAUAACAAACCAGUAUGAAUGGCUUAGACAGGUCUACUGUUCUUCAUUGUGUGUUUGGAAAAUAAAUUGUGGUUCAUCUUGGGUGUUACAGAGUUGUCCUGAUGAAAACACACAGAUCCAUGUGACGUAGCAAGAGAAUUGAUCUUUAAAGAGCAAGUUGAAAGUAGCAAGGCUAUUCCGAGACAACUGCUUGGUGCCAGCAAAGAUGGGUAUUCUAGCAAAGAUAUGCAGGAACAGAAGACAUGUAUACGCAUGUCUUGCAGUCAUAGCUGUCCUGAUUAUCUUAUUUAAUAAAAUGGACUUUGCCAGGCAACACCAGACCAGCCUGGCCAUUGAAUUUGGUCUCGAUCCAUUUGUUUUUUUUCAACCGGACCCUACAAAGCCUACAAAAGUGAUAGUUCUGGCCUACAUGCACACAGGCUCCUCGUAUACGGCCACUGUACUGGAGCAACAUCCGGGGUCAUUCUGGGAGAGUGAGCGGCUGCAUUACCUUCAUGAGUCAUCUAUGGGCAAGAAUGCCAGGCAUGGUCGAACAAUACAGUUCCUCAACGGCACUAGGAGGGAUUUAUUCACGGACGAUUAUGUGGAACUAGCGGCAUACACUGUGCACAAUCUUGUUAAUUGUCACCAUUGGAACCUCGAUAUUGGGACGCUGGACUUUUACUCCAAUCCCAUUACCAUGAAACACUUUGAGAAAUCCCAUGAUUACUUUCUCUGCAUAGCAAACGGGAAAGUUUCUGAGGAAUUCGUGCAAGAUAGGAUACUUCCUGUUGAAAGGAUAAAUUCUGCACAGAUAGAAAAAUGUUAUCCUCGCUUAGUAGAGCAGUGUCGCAAAUCAUCUUUGGGUGUUUAUAAAUUCAUACAUCUUGAAAUGAGAUCAGUUGAACUGCUGUUGAAAAGGUAUGAGUCCAGCAAUCUUAAAAUUAUUCACUUGGUAAGAGACCCAAGAGCAAUGCUGGAUUCCCAUGUAAGAAAAAAUGAAAUGGGCAUUGCUGACAAUUUAACCAAUUUUGAAGAUCGAGCUAAAUUGAUUUGUGGACAAAUGAUGGAGGAUUCGAUCAUCGGAGAUGAACUGAAACAACAAUAUCCCGGUAAAAUCUUGUCUCUAAGAUACGAAGACAUGCUCGACCAACCCAUUACAAAAGUUAAGGAAAUGUAUGAUUUUAUAAGGAUUCCAUUGUCAGAGUCAGUAAAAAAAUUUGUCAAAGAGUCUACGCAUUCGACAGAGUUUCCAUCUUGGCGAAGGCAUAUUGCAUUAGAGCAUUUGUUACUUACUGAGAGACAUUGUCAGACCCUUUUAGCAAGACUGGGGUAUGUCCGUCUAAAAGACAUUGAAACUGUUCGAAAUACUAGAGUAGCGGAUCACACAAGUUAUACAACAUACAAAGAGUGCGAAUAAACCUGUCAGUGGUGUUCAUAUGUGCUUAAAAAAUUAUACCAUGUAAAUGUGUAGGAAUAUGUGUACCAGAAUUAUAUAUGCAUCCGAACAACAGACAAAAGAAAGUUGAUGCAAAGUUUUUUAGCCAUAUUUUGAUAUGCAAAUAUUAUUACUCUUGACUACAAAGCCAGCUAUAUUUGAUUAUUUUGGAUUUAUGGCUAUUAAUAAUUCCUUAUGUUUUUCCAGCAUUAAAUUGCAAUUGUGUAUUAACAAAUUGUUUGUGUAUUGUUUUAAAGACCACAUUUUUUCAAUGAAAAAUAAAUUAUGCUCCUAUA